CAAAGACUCCAGUUAGUCUAGGCACUCCAAUCAUUAGGUAUAAAAAUGACAAGGGAUUGAGAGGUUGAGUGGAAGAGAAUGACAGAGACCGAAAGCAAAUUACACAGACCGUAUCAGCUUUCAUUUUUGAAUUAAGAAGAAUAGGUGAGAUUGCAUGUCAGAACAUGGAAGAUGAUUAAAUGAGGGAAUAUAUAUACAAAAAAAUAUAAAAAACAUUUAACAGAAGAAGAACACAUUACUGCAAAGACCAAAAGUGGAGGGUUCUUCUAUUAUUUUGAAUAGAUUAAAUGUGAUGAAUAGAUUGCGAUCUUAAGAAGCACAAAUUACGCAAUAGCACCAAAUCCCAUCAAUUGGAGAGACAGGAACAGGAUCACUCCAGAUGUUUUAGACGCACUGGCUCUCUAGCGCACAGACACAUGGGCGUGGUUAUCCAGUUACGCCCAGCCUUCAGUCAAGAGAUCCCAUGAUGUGCACCUGAGCGGUUGCCAAAACUAGACUCGGGCAGGCCUAUAUAAAACAAGCUCAGAACGUAGUAUCUCUGCCGCAGACAUCAGAGGCACAGAAUCAAUUUACCUGACACGGGAUCUGCUUAUUCCCUAAAUCCCCAGAAGCAAAUAUGCACUUGAGCGCAUGCAAGUCGUGCCACCUUGUAUUCUUAUUUUCUAUUCUUGUGAGGAGUUGCCAGGCGUUCAAUAAUGAUGCUACGGAGAUCCUAUACUCACACGUGGAUACUCCUGUGCAGGAUGCCCGGAGCAAUGUCUCUUUAAAUCGGGCAAGAAACGGCGGGAGAGGCGCGGGAAAUACUGCUGGGAACGAUCGAGUUGACCAGAGAAGCCAAGUUGGCUGUAGAGAGCUGAGGUCCACCAAGUACAUCUCUGAUGGCCAAUGCACAAGCAUCAACCCCAUAAAGGAGCUAGUAUGUGCUGGCGAGUGCCUCCCCGCUCAGAUGCUUCCCAACUGGAUCGGCGGCAGCUACGGCAGAAAGUUCUGGAGCCGGAGGAACAGUCAGGACUGGCGCUGCGUCAACGACAAGACACGCACCCAACGCAUCCAGCUGCAGUGCCAGGAAGGCAGCACAAGAACGUACAAAAUCACUGUGGUCACCUCGUGCAAGUGUAAGAGGUACUCCCGGCAACACAACGAGUCGAGCCAUAUGAAGUUUGAGGAGCCUGCCUUGUCUCGGCCCCAGCUUCUCCACAAACACAAAGCCAAAGCCAAAAGGAGGCUAGGGAAGAUUAAGCUAAAUGAGAAUUGGCAUGAAGCAGAGCCCUAAAGCAGGACUGCAGAAUGCCUCUGUGACUGUGGUCUUGGAUUAUCUCUUUAUUGGGACUGGCUUGUUGUGAGGAGGACCACUGAAAGUGACUUUGUAAAAGUGAAUGGCAUUGGUUUGCUUGCUACAUCUGAGGACCAAUGGGCACCAAUGAGUCAUUAGCUAAUAAGAUGAAAUUAACCUAAAUGGGGUCAUCAUGACCAAUAGAACUGUCUGGAACUUUAAGAUAACUCGCGUCAUUUAAGUUCUUGUAUGACAAUGUAAACCUGCUCAUAACUCCAUUAUACAAACAGUUUUACAGCCAAUAUAAUGUAAUAAAAUAAGCUCUGCAUGAAAAGGGAUUCCCAACACAAAAGCACCGCAAAUACACAACACAAUGUAAAUAUGUGUACAUAUAUAAUAUGAUAUCACAUGUCCUCUGAAGUAUGAUAACAUAUGUAUAAACGUUUUCGAUAAGAUGUAUAUGAUGUAAUAUAUAUGUAGUAUUGCUAUUCAUUUGAUAAACCUUUUAAUAUGCAUCACACAUAUUUUGCAAAAAUCUGUCAUUGCUCAUGCUUUCAUUUUAAUAAAACAUGUUAACCCAAA